AUAGCCUUGUCGGACCUUGCCGCGGCUACCGACGGGUUUGCCGACGGGAAGCUGAUUGGCAGCGGCGGCUUCAGCCACGUCUACGAGGCGUCGGCCGGCCUCAACAUCUCCCUCGCCGCGCCUCCACAGCUGCGCCACUUGCCGCUCGUCGUCAAGCGGGCAAAGUCGGGCCAGUCGGGCGGCUUGUCGCGGGCGGAGCUCGAGGUGAAGCUUCUCAAGGCGGUGAGCCACCCGCACCUGCUGCCGCUGCUCGGCUACUGCCUCUCGCCCGACGGCGUCUGCCUCCUCUCGCCGCUGAUGCGCGGCGGCUCGCUCGAGGCGCGGCUGCGUAUCUCGGAUCCCGACUGCGCGGCGCAGCUCCGGCGGCUGGGCAUGGCGGAGCCGCCGAGGCCGCUGACGUGGCGGCAGCGCGUGCGUGUCGCGUGCGAGGCGACCGAGGCGCUCGUCUACCUCCACUCGAAGGGCAUCGUCCACCGCGACGUCAAGCCGGACAACAUCCUGCUCGACGAGAAGCUGACCGCCGUGCUCGCUGACACGGGCUUUGCCAAGGACCAGCGCCCGGACGCGUCUGUCCGCUGCCGCUCGACUGCCGCCCUUUACAUGACCACGGGCUACCUCUGCCCCUCCAUCAUCAAGGGGGGCGAGUACUCGAGCAAGACGGACGGCUACGCCGUUGGCAUCACCCUCCUCGUCUGCCUCACCAACCGG